AUGGCGGAUUCCUAUACCUGUAAAGGUGGAAGGAAAACUGCAGGCUCGCACAAACCCGCUGCCAGCAAGGAGAGCAGGACAGAGACAAGGAUAAACCCACCGGCAGAGCUGCCCAAGCUUGGGAAUGCAACCAGUGACAAAACCGAAGGCAGGAAGAAAGGACGACCCAAGGCUGAGAACCAGGCACUGAAAGACAUCCCUCUCCCCCUGAUGAACCAGUGGAAGGACGAAUUCAAAGCCCACUCCAGGGUGAAAUGUCCCAAUGCAGGCUGCUGGCUGGAGUUCCCCAGCAUUUAUGGCUUGAAGUACCACUAUCAGCGGUGCCAAGGGGGUGCAAUCUCAGAGAAGCUGACAUACUCAUGCUCGUACUGCGAAGCUGCCUUCACCUCCAAAACCCAGCUGGAGAAGCAUCGGCUCUGGAAUCACUUGGACCGGCCAGUGCCAACCAGCAAAGCAGACAACAAAGUGCCCAAGGCCAUUGGGAAGAGCAGUGGCAAGAAAAGAGCUGCUGAGAGUUCAGCUUGCCCCACCAUCCAUCCCAAACAGGCAAAGACGGACAAAGCCGUGGCCCAGGACCACACGGAGAAUGGCGAGUGCCUGGCGGAGAGCCGGGAGAGCAAGGAAUUCCACAUCGCCGGAGCCGAGGCCAUGGCAGCCGCCACCCCUACAGCCAAGUCCUCCAGUGGCAAGGACACCAUGCAGCAGGGGGGCAGCCAGGCCUCACUGCAGGAGGAAGACCCCGAGAGGAUGAAGCACAGAAGGAAACAGAAAACUCCUAAGAAGUUUACGGGGGAGCAGCCAUCCAUCUCGGGGACGUUUGGACUGAAAGGGCUUGUCAAAGCAGAGGACAAGGCGAAAGCUCAUCGAGCCAAGAAGUUGGAGGGGAACACCAACAUAGAGGAGCUGAAAAAGAAACCUCUAGGAGCUGGUGUGAAGAAGGAAACGGCUGUGCAUCUACCAGCAGCAAACCCUGAGGACCAGUGGCAACGGGAGAUCAGUGAGAAGGGAGAAGUCGCCUGUCCAACCUGCAGUGUUAUAACCAGGAAAACUAUUGUGGGGCUCAAAAAGCACAUGGAUGUCUGCCAGAAACUGCAGGAUGCCUUGAAGUGUCAGCACUGCAAAAAGCAGUUCAAGUCCAAAGCUGGGCUGAAUUACCACACCAUGGCUGAACACGUCAGCAAGCCUGUUCCUGUGGAAACCGCUGGACUUGGUGAACAGNNNGAGCGGGAAAGGCUGAGGAAAGUGCUAAAGCAGAUGGGAAAACUGAAAUGCCCCAAUGAGGGGGACGGCAGAGCUGCAGAGCCUCUGGGCAGGACAGAGCCGGGCAGGGCCGGGCCGGGCAAGCCUCCGGAGGAGCCAGAGGUGAAGCCAGAGCCUGGUCCCAUAGAAGAUUUCGAAAGGACCCCGAGCGGCCGCAUCCGUCGGACAUCGGCCCAAGUGGCUGUUUUCCACCUUCAGGAGAUAGCAGAGGAUGAGCUCGCCAAGGACUGGACCAAGCGGAGGAUGAAGGAUGACCUGGUGCCCGAAACAAAGCGGCUCAAUUACACCCGACCAGGGCUUCCAAAGCUCAACCCGAGGCUGCUGGAGAACUGGAAGAAUGAAGUGAAGGAGAAGGGACGCAUCAACUGCCCCAACAACUGCUGUGAAGCCAUUUACUCCAGUGUCUCGGGGCUGAAAGCUCACCUGGCCAACUGCAACAAGGGGGACCACUCGGUGGGCAAGUACCGCUGCCUCCUGUGCCAGAAGGAGUUCAGCUCCGAGAGCGGGGUCAAGUACCACAUCAUCAAGGCUCACUCCGAGAACUGGUUCCGAACCUCCUCAGAGGCCAGCCGGAAAAAGAAAAGCAGGGAACAGCUUUCUUCCAGCAAAGAGGAGAAGAAGAAAAGCACAAAUGGAAAGAAAAGGGGGAGGAAACCCAAGGAGAGGCCUCCGGAAACAUCCCUGAAG